GUAGCGCUUGGAGCAGGGCUCGGCGGCUCUCCGCGCUCUCCGCAUCCGCCGGUGUGGUCUGUAGAUGGAGCACAUUCUUACACCUGCGUGCAAAGCCGGAGCUACGGCAUGAUCCGAGCUCCUGCUUCGUGCAGCUCCCGUGUGACCCGGGGGAGGGCGGGGAGGAGACGGGGCUGGCAGGGAGCCGGUGCUUGGCGGUAAAGUGCGGUUAAAGUAGGUGAAAGCAAACCGGAACGGCGUUCUGGCUUGUUUAUUCAUUUUCCCUCGUCACCUGCUCCCCUGCCCCGGCGUAUAUAUGAGCACAGAUGCGCUGGUGAAUUGUAGGGAGCUCAAAGCGUCUGGUUCGCUUUUUGUGCGUUUGGAUGUUGAGAAAGUUGCUACGACCCGAGCUGUGAGCCGAGGGCACUGCUGAAUACACGUCAUGGGCCGAGUCCGUCCUCCCAAAACUGGCCUGGAAGGUGCAGAGCGUCCCUCGGUGAAGCCCGUGCGGAGGAGGAGGAAGCGCUUUGUGAAGAGGCGUCUGUGUGCUGUGGUGGUUAGCAGUGUGUCAGGGUUCUGAGUGACAAUUCAUUAGCGUUUAAAUUAGAUCAACACGUUACAUCCUUUAUUUACCGGCAAGAGAGCGUAAUGACAGUAAAUGGUGAACUAGCAGCUUUGCUCCAAUGUAAAUAUCUGUUGGAGUAAGAGCAUACACUGAUUUUGAUAACGUGUUGGUAGAAAGUCAGGUCCAUUAAUCAUCAGGGAAGCGAGGAGACCUGAGGCGAUGCCCUAUUGAAACCACUUUUACCUUUUACAGUGCAACAUCCAAAAGCGGAUCAAAUUUGUGGGACAUGGCACAAGGAAAUAAUUAUGGGCAAAGCAGCAAUGGGGUGGCUGAUGAAUCCCCAAACAUGCUGGUGUACAGAAAGAUGGAAGACGUCAUAGCCCGCAUGCAAGAUGAGAAAAAUGGGAUUCCUAUUCGUACGGUGAAAAGUUUUCUUUCCAAGAUUCCCAGUGUCUUUUCUGGUUCAGAUAUUGUUCAAUGGUUAACAAAGAACUUAUCGAUAGAGGAUCCAGUUGAAGCUCUGCAUUUGGGAACUCUGAUGGCAGCACAUGGCUAUUUCUUUCCAAUCUCAGACCAUGUUCUAACACUGAAGGAUGAUGGCACCUUUUAUCGAUUCCAGACACCCUAUUUUUGGCCAUCAAAUUGUUGGGAGCCGGAAAACACAGACUAUGCUGUUUACCUCUGCAAGCGGACAAUGCAAAACAAAGCAAGGCUAGAGCUAGCAGACUAUGAAGCUGAGAGUUUGGCCAGGCUACAGCGAGCUUUUGCUCGGAAAUGGGAAUUUAUUUUUAUGCAAGCUGAAGCACAAGCAAAGGUUGACAAGAAGAGAGACAAGAUAGAGAGGAAGAUUCUUGACAGUCAGGAGCGAGCAUUUUGGGAUGUGCACCGUCCGGUGCCUGGCUGUGUAAACACUACUGAAGUGGAUAUAAAAAAAUCUUCAAGAAUGAGAAAUCCACAUAAAACAAGAAAGUCUGUCUAUGGCUUACAAAAUGACAUUCGAAGUCACAGCCCUACGCACACGCCCGUGCCAGAGAGUAAGCCACCCACAGAAGAUGAGCUACACCAAGAGAUUAAGCACUGGCAAAUGCAAUUAGACAGACAUAGAUUAAAAAUGUCAAAAGUUGCAGAGAGUCUAUUAGCUUAUACAGAGCAGUAUUUGGAAUAUGAUCCUUUCCUUGUGCCCCCUGAUCCCUCAAACCCUUGGAUAUCAGAUGACACCACUUUCUGGGAACUGGAGGCAAGCAAAGAGCCAGGACAGCAGAGGGUGAAACGAUGGGGAUUUGGCAUGGAUGAAGCUUUGAAAGACCCUGUGGGAAGAGAGCAGUUUCUGAAAUUCUUGGAGUCAGAAUUCAGUUCAGAAAAUUUAAGGUUCUGGUUAGCAGUAGAAGACCUGAAGAAGAGGCCCAUCCGUGAAGUUCCUGCUCGCGUCCAAGAGAUCUGGCAAGAAUUUCUUGCUCCGGGUGCGCCCAGCGCUAUCAACCUGGACUCCAAAAGUUAUGACAAAACCACUCAGAAUGUGAAGGAACCGGGAAGAUACACAUUUGAAGACGCUCAGGAGCACAUUUACAAACUGAUGAAAAGUGAUUCUUAUCCUCGUUUUAUACGAUCCAGUGCCUACCAGGAGCUGCUACAGGCCAAGAAAAAGGCUGGAACCCCACAUUCCUUUUUCCGAGGAGCCAGGAGCCACCUUGAACCAGGGAACCUCUGUAGCGCUUUGAGAGUAACCAUUCACAAAGACCUUACAGCUCUGAACUACAGCACGCACAAAGAACACUUUUUUUCUAACAACUACAAAAUGCUGCAAUAA